CUAGGGUUUAGGUUUCUUCUUCGCAGCCAUCAAUCAGCGCAGCGCCAGCCCAUUGAAGCGAAAAUGGUGAAGGGACGCCAAGGAGAACGCGUUAGACUCUACGUUAGAGGAACUGUUCUUGGAUACAAAAGGUCGAAAUCGAACCAGUAUCCCAACACUUCGUUGAUUCAGAUCGAGGGAGUGAACACUAAGGAAGAAGUGGACUGGUACCUUGGGAAGAGGCUGGGAUACAUCUACAAGGCAAAGACAAAGAAGAAUAACUCGCACUAUCGUUGCAUUUGGGGCAAAGUUUGUAGGCCACAUGGAAACAGUGGCGUUGUUAGAGCUAAGUUCAAGUCCAAUUUGCCUCCUAAAUCCAUGGGAGCUAAGGUUAGGGUUUUCAUGUACCCAAGCAACAUUUAAGUGAGCAUUUAGAGGUCAAGGAUCUUGAUUGAAAUCGUUGGUUGCUUUGGGUGGCUAUUGUGUGCUACAUCAAUGUUUUCAAUGAUGAGGAAUCUUCAUCCUAAAAAGUAGUUAGUUAAAUUUUGUAUUGUGCUUUGUGGAGUCUCAUCUUAUCUUUUUCGUUUUUAUCAUUUCUGGUUAAUACCAAGACUCAUACAUCUGAUUAGAUGCGACUAAAUUUGCUUAUGGAGCAAUGCAACUUUUUUGUAUGACUA